GCCUCAGCGUCGUUGGUACUGGGCGGAGUAUUCCUCUUGGUGUUCAAUACAUGGGCAGCCAUGGUGGAUAAAGUACAGGGAACCGGCCACUAUUUUAACUCAAACAAACACAGAGGUGGAGAUCAAGCCACAGACUCUCUACUGCAGAAUUUACAUACUCGAGGUGCGCCUGACGUCGACGAGAGGAGAGAUAGUGGGGCCAUUGCAGCGCCAGAAUCAUCUUUAAAACCUCCGCCACCACCGAGACUUUUGUUCAUCCGACUCAUGGUAGCCGUGUAUUUGUUGCAAAUGGGUAUGUUUCUUUUUGCGAGACAAGACCCGAGAAGUAAAAUUCGACGCAGUUUACUGCUCGUGGCCACGGUGUUGCUGAUAUGCUGUUGGGCCGCGUGUGUGGUUUUAUUACCCGCCUAUGGAGAAAAAAUGUGUGCAUUGCUGGAUAAAGUGGCCGAGGAUGUGUCGCACCGCAAGAGGAAUAUCCGACGUAUUGCCGUUAUAGCGGCGGUGUUUUGCCUCAUGCACACAGCGUCAUCUAUGCUUCUGGCAGCGUCGCAAUGCACUCCACCGUCAGAUGAAGCAUCGAGCUCAAUCGUAGGGAACACGACACAUCCGAGUGGUGUUCACUUGCCGCACAUUCCGCUUCACCACAUUGUACAAGCCAACCCAGCCUUCUUCUUCCCGUCGGGUACAGCAGAGGAUGGAGCGGCAGAUACUAACGAUGGAUUACUCCGUUGGGUCGUAAUGAUCGAAGUGCUAGAGUUCCCAAUUGAAUGGGCAAUGCUGAUGGCGCUACUGUGCGUGUUACCCACGCGCUCUUCACUUCCAGCAUUCAGAGGCUAUCGACCAAUUCCAGAGAGAAAAAACUGGCAACCCUAAAAAAAAACUAGAAUAUACUUUAGGAAAUCGAAUUUAUAUAAACGCUACUUUUAUUAAUUUCAAUAAAAAAAUGAUUCUUACAGCAAG